AGGCGGUGGGUGGACUAAGAAUUAUUAUAUUAACCAGAGAGUUUAUGGAGAUCUCAUCAAUUUCAUCUGCAACAUUGGAGAAGAGAACAAUGAGUACUCUAAAGAUCGAGUUUCUAGCUACUGCAUGCGUCGUUAUUCUUGUAUUUAAUGUUUCAUGCUAUGAAGUCGACCAGUCUCUCAUCCAGAAACCAAUUGAAGAAUUUUCUUACUUAAAUGACAAUAGGGACGUCGGUACCAUGUGUCAGUACAGUAGUCAGUGUAAGAGCAGGUGCUGCUUGGUUGACAGUCGAACUGGGACACGGACCUGCCAGAAGAUGGCGCUAAAAAACGAACAAUGUUCCAGCGGCCAGAUCAAGUUCGAUAGCUACGCCUACUUCUGCCCUUGUGAAAGUGGAAACAAAUUCUGUGAAUAUCCAGACUACAUAUGUAAAGCGUAAGAACGACGAGGAGGAAAAUGACUGGCACAAGAACCUGGAAUAUUAGAAAAUAGUCUAGUGGGACACUAAACUACAGAAGUGAAUUUAUUACUAACAGUUUAUACUUUUAACACCUGUAAUUUGUACUUUUUAAAAUAAUUUCAAGAUUUCCUAAA